UGUCAGGCUCCAGCCGCCAAACCCAGCUUCGCGCGCUCUUGCCCUAAAAACCUCCCCUUCUUUUUCUUCAUUUGGAUAUAAAUUUAGGGCGGCAACAACAACCCGGAAAAACAGGGGGCUGUUCUUCUUGGAGCUCUCGCUCCUUGGGCGGAGAAAAGGAGGAAUUUUCAUGUUUCCAUGGCGGAUUGGAGCUCCGGAGGCUCGAUCUCUUCGUUCGCGUGGCCGCCAUUCCCGUCCAAUGGCAUGGAGGACGGGCAGUGGCCGCCGUGGCCGGGCGCCGGCACUGGCAACAACAAUUUCUUUGGCUGGCAGGGGUUUGGAUUCGCGAGCCCCAGGCGCAACGACGGCCUGGGCGCCGGGACGAUCAUCCUCGUCGCGGUGCUCGUCACUGGAUUCUCGCUCAUGACGCUCCUGCUGCUGCGCCUGUGGUUCUGCGGGUGCUCCCAGGACGACGACGCGCGGCGCGCGGGGAAUUCGCAGCCCGCGAUCGCGAACAAGCUCGCGAUUGGGCUGCGCAGGGACGUGAUCGAGAGCUUCCAGGUGGUGAAUUACAAGGCGCUCGUCGCCAUGAGGGGAAGGGAAUCAUCAUCGAGCGCCCCGGGCGAGGGGGAGUGCUGCUGCCCGGUCUGCCUCAUCGAUUUCGGGGAGGAGGACAAGAGGAUCAGGGUUCUUCCCGGCUGCGGCCAUGGAUUCCACACGGAAUGCAUCGAUAUGUGGCUCUUCUCGCACACCUCCUGCCCCGUCUGCCGCCGGGAGCUCCUCCCGCCAUCGCCCAGCUCCAGCGCUCGCCGGGAUGAUCGCGUCGUCGUCAUAGAGAUCCCCCAAAUCCAUCCCCAAGAGCGUGGCUGAUGAUCGUGCCGCGUGGGCUCUCGCAUUUCUUCGUUUUCUCCUUUUCGUGUUCUUUCCGGGGCAUAUUCGCGGCGGAUAUUCCAGGCUCUGCGCGUUCUGUGAAAUAAGGCCCUGCUCGACGAUCGAUCCAAAGGAAUCGACCGAGAGAAGUCACAUGGAAAUUUAGAAUUCUUUUCGCUAGCUCGCUCGCUCGCUCGCUCGCAGCGAUAUCGAUCGAACCAGCGUGUCAAUCUCGUUGUCUAUCCUUCGAAUUUCAUGACGAAAGGAAAAACAAAAAAAGUCGAGCGCUCCA